UCCACCCGCUGGGCCCGCCCAGCUCCUUGACGCGGGCGCCCUGCCAGAGGGUCCGCGGCUCUCCACCGAGGACCAUGGCGAGGCUGAGCUGGGGAUACGGAGAGCACAACGGUCCUAUUCACUGGAAUGAAUUUUUCCCCAUUGCUGAUGGUGAUCAGCAGUCUCCGAUUGAGAUUAAAACCAAAGAAGUAAAAUAUGACUCCACACUCCGGCCUCUUAGUAUCAAGUAUGAUCCUACCUCAGCUAAAAUCAUCAGCAAUAGUGGCCAUUCCUUCAAUGUUGACUUUGACGACACAGAGGACAAAUCAGUUCUGCGUGGAGGUCCUCUCACUGGAAGCUACAGGUUGCGGCAGUUCCACCUGCACUGGGGGUCAGCAGAUGAUCAUGGCUCUGAGCACGUGGUAGAUGGAGUGAGGUAUGCUGCAGAGCUCCAUGUUGUCCACUGGAAUUCAGACAAAUACCCCAGUUUUGUAGAGGCAGCUCAUGAGUCGGAUGGGUUGGCUGUCCUGGGAGUAUUUCUACAGAUUGGGGAGCACAAUCUUCAACUGCAAAAGAUCAUUGACAUUUUGGAUUCCAUUAAGGAGAAGGGGAAACAAACCCGAUUCACAAAUUUUGACCCGUUGUCUCUGCUUCCACCAUCCUGGGACUACUGGACAUACCCAGGUUCUCUGACAGUUCCACCUCUUCUUGAAAGUGUCACAUGGAUUGUUUUAAAGCAACCGAUAAAUAUAAGCUCUCAACAGCUGGCCAGAUUCCGAAGGCUCUUGUGCACAGCUGAGGGUGAGACUCCGGCUUUUCUGUUAAGCAAUCACCGCCCGCCACAGCCUUUGAAGGGCCGGAGAGUGAGAGCAUCUUUCCAUUAGCAGCCAGCAAUGGGUUAGCCCCUCCGGGAACACAGAGGUCGCCCAUAAUACAGCUCAGACGUUCCUACUGAUGGCUUUUCUGGACUUUCAAGUUUAUGCUUUCCACGUUCCCAGCAGCUUCUGCACCACAGAGAAAACCAGCGGUCUGACAUAACCUAGCUCCUCACGCCUGGAUUUUCACCAAAGCAUGUCCAAUCAGUAAACACUGUUGGAUACAUAUUAAAACCACAGAGUACAUCUGCUUCAGCCUUUAUGACAAACCUCAAGCUUGUUGUAGCCUCUGGCUGACCCUAUCCCAUUUAAUAGUGUUUGAUAAAAACUUAAAAUUCACUUUGAAAUGGUAUGGAUUUCUAAAUAAUCAGUUCUUACAGUUUUGAUAUUGUCCUGAUUAAUCAAGAGUAUAUGUUUCCUUUAAUACAUUUUUUUCUCAGA